CACUCGUUAUGCCCGUCCACGUAUAUCCACCUCCUGGGUCGUCGACUGCGCGCGAUGCGCAGCGACCACGCCGGCGGCGCAACAAUACGCACGCGCCGCACACGUUCCGUGGCCAGCUGCAAGGUUGGCACGCCGAUCGUGAGGACGGCCGCUCGUUCUUCCGCGCCAUGUUUCCGUCUUGGAAGACGGAACGCUCGGCAGACGAUGUGAUCUACAACCCAUUCAAGCUGAUGGCCAUGGUCAAACCCAUGGACUGGCUCUACUUCAUUUCCGGCUGGUUCGCAUGGACAGUCGACGGCUUUGAUUUCUUCACCGUCACGGUUACUAUCGACAAGCUUGAGCAUUACUUCCAGCGCGAAACAGUUGACAUUGCUGCUUCUAUGACUCUUACGCUUAUGUUCCGCUCGCUUGGUGCUUUGACUUUCGGUAUCCUUGCCGACCGAUUCGGGCGCAAGUGGACACUGGUUGUCAACCUCAUCCUCAUUGCUACGUUCGAGUUCUGCACGGCUUUCACGACCAACUACGCCGGAUUCCUUGGCGUGCGCUCUCUCUUCGGUAUCGUCAUGGGCGGUGUUUGGGGUCAAGCGGCCGCUACUGCUCUCGAAAACGUGCCCGUGCCUGCCCGUGGUCUCCUUUCCGGUAUCAUGCAGGGCGGGUACACGCUGGGCUACGUCUUGGCGGCUGUUGCAAACUUGGCCCUUACCGAUCGCUACGGCUGGAAGAGUGUUUUCUACUGCGGUGGUGCCAUCUCGCUGCUCGCUGCCAUUAUUCGUGCCAUGCUCCCCGAGUCUCGUCAGUACAUUCUUGCUCGUGAGCAGCUCAAGGCCGAGGGUCUGUCCAGCAAGCAGACGGCCCGUAUCUUCUUCAAGGAGUUGAAGGCCAUGUUAAAGGUUAACUGGCUUCGCUGCGUUUGGGGUGUCUGUCUCAUGACGGGGUUCAACUACCUGGCCCACGGUUCUCAGGACCUCUACCCCUCGUUCUUGCGUGAGUCCAAGGGUCUCACUCCCACAAAUGUCUCGGCCUCCACCAUUCUGGCUUCGGGUGGCGCCACUAUCGGUUCUGCCUUUGCGGGGUAUCUCUCGCAGUACGCCGGUCGUCGUCUUGGUGCAAUGAUUUUCCUCCUGUGGACAGCCGCGUGGAUUCCUCUCUGGAUUCUGCCCAACACCUUCGGUUCCCUGUCCGCCGGGGGCUUCCUUAUUCAGUUCGGUGUGUUCGGUACUUGGGGUGUCGUUCCCAUCUACCUCGGAGAGAUUUCUCCGCCCGCUUUCCGUGCCUCCUUUGCUGGUGUUACUUACCAGCUCGGAAACAUGAUUGCCUCGCCCGCCGCCCAGAUUCAGGCCGACGCAGGCAAAGUCAUGCGGACGAUGGGUGUCAAUCUUACGGCGGGUAAGGGCGUUGCAGACUAUGCCACAGUCCAGGGUAUCGUCACGGGGACAGUUAUUGUGUGGCUCUUCAUCUUCCUCUUCCUGGGCCCCGAAGCCGACGGCUCGCACUUCGACCAGGCCAAGGUCGCCUUCCAGGAAGGUGGUGGUACUGCCGAGCCCGCCGAUUUCGUCCGUCCCGACCACGGUCACUUCCACGCACACGACGACAACCGUUUACUUCUGGAGGAGGAGGUCACGCAUCUGUGCCAACUGCCGCCAAAACGUCCACGGCUUCAGUGUCACUAUGGCGAGUCAGCAUUUAGUCCGAUCAGACUGAAGUUACCAAAGCCGUCGGCGAUCAGUAAACGCCCCGAGCACGGACCUCCAAUCGAGGAGACACGUCAGCACGCCGAGCCGCUCUGUCGAGCUUGGGUAUAA